GAGGAGCUGCGCUACCAGAAGCCAAGAGAAAUAAAUGUGACCUCAUAUUGGAGAUAUCCCAGAUGUGGACGUGUGGAAUUGCACAGAUUUAAAUCUGACAGUGCAGAGAAACAUCAUGCUUCACUUAUUCAACCUAUUCGGAUGUGAAAAGAUUUUGGAGAGGAGUUACACCAAAAACCACAAGAGAUCCAGAGGAAAGAUUCCUGGAAAGCAAGUAACAACAGGAGGAGACAACGAUGGCGUAACAAGGAAGUAUGUACAAUGACUGUGGGCUUGUAAGCCAGGCAGGAAAUCAUUUUUCUCACAGUUGGAAUUUAAGGCGUAAAGAAUCACAUCAGCUGUGGAUGUUGACAUAACCAGCGGAGAGAGGAGCAGCUGAAGUCAGAGCCUCAGGAAGAACCACCAUACUGGCCUUGCUGGAGCUGCUAUACAGUUCAAGUUUUUCCUUCUGGAUUUUCAUUUUCCUCAAGUGAGUUUUUGACAAUGUCAGAAGCGGGAGAGUUGUCCUAUAAGGAGGCCAUUGAGAAGGCCAGCUCCUCCAUCACUCGCUUCCCUCUCAUCCAUAUCAGAGGAAUUCCGCUCAUGUGCCACAUCGCCAACAACUGGGACUCCAUCUGGGAUUUUCGUCCUGACCCAUCAGACCUCCUCAUUGCCACCUACCCUAAAGCAGGAACCACAUGGACCCAGGAGAUAAUUGACCUUCUUCUUCACAAUGGAGAUGCUGAGGUCUGCAAACGAGCUCCCACGCCCGUCCGCAGUCCCUUCCUGGAGAUCUGCUCCCCACCACCAAUUCCGUCAGGCCUUGAUCUCCUAAAGAAAAUGGAUCCCCCAAGAGUUAUCAAGACACAUCUCCCUUUUCAGUUGGUGCCUCUUGGAUUUUGGGAAAACAAAUGCAAGGCCAUCUACGUGGCACGCAACGCCAAAGACAACCUGGUGAGCUACUACUAUUUUGAUCUCAUGAACAAAACGCAGCCUGAACCAGGGACUUUUGAGGACUACGUCGGCAAGUUUAUGCGAGGAGAGUUGUCCUGGGGCUCCUGGUAUGAUCAUGUUAAAGGGUACUGGUUGGAGAAGGAGAAGAAGAAUAUUCUCUUCCUCUUCUAUGAGGACAUGAAAGAGAAUCCUCGGCGGGAAGUGGAGCGUAUCAUGAAGUAUUUGGACUUGUCGGUGUCUGACGAGGUCAUCAACCGAAUUGUGGAGCUCACGUCCUUUAAGAGCAUGAAGGAGAACCCCAUGGCCAACUACUCCUGCAUCCCAUCACCAGUUUUUGAUCAGUCCAUCUCUCCCUUUAUGAGAAAAGGUGAAGUGGGUGAUUGGAAAAACCAUUUCACACUUGAGCAGUCAAAGAUGUUUGAUGAAGACUACGAAAACCAAAUGAAGGAUGUCGACAUUCCCUUCAGGAGCCUUAUUUGAGGGAUUUGGGGGUUUCUAAAUGUACCUGCAAACCAAAGAUCGAUGUACUGACACUGUGCAGCACUUAAAUAGCAAAAACACGGUCAGAAUAUUUGACACGAGCUAAAAAUCAAAACGACCAAUGAAAAAAAAAAAAAAAAAAAAAGGAUUCCUCACUUUUCAUGUCUGGAUGUUAAACACUGUGAUCACCACACUUUAUGAUGUGUCUAUAUACAGGAAAUCAUCCAUAUACAUGUGCAACAGGAUGAAUAAAAAUGCGCUCCACAAUGCGA